GAUUUCUAUAUAGUACAGAGUGUAGCUAGUCUGUUUGUAUAAAUAUUUUUAUUAAUUUUUCUGUGGUAUAUUGUAUUUUGUAUAAUUAAUUAAUUAAUAAAAUCGACAUAAAUGUGAUUGAUGUUGACAGGUUGUUUAUUCUUGAAUUGUGAUACGGAUCUACUUUUUAGUUUUUGUCUUAGGUACUAAUGUUGUAAAUUUUAGCCUAAGUAAUAUACAUUGUUGCUUAAAGUUUAAACAGUUCAAAAAGUAAAACAACCUCUUGGUAAAAUAAAUCAAUCAAUGAUGUUAGACGAGCUGGCAAUCGAUUAUUCCGAGUACUUAAAAGUCAACAAUGAAAAUGAGGUUGGUGCGCUAAAAGAUGUAGUCGAAGAUAUGCUCACCAGAUUGGAAGAGUUUCAGACAUUUAUGGAAAUGGUUCGAGCAUUACGAAUGGAAAGUACUGUGAUGCAUUAUGAUUCGAUAAAAGAAAUGAAGUCCAAGGUUACUGAACUCACAGACACUGUAAAUAAAUUAGAAAAGCUGGUUAAUAAAGUUGGCGAAGAUGUAGAAUUAGUUGACCAACAACUAACCGAAGCUGAGGCAUGUAUGCCUAUUAAUAAGGACGGUCCACUAAAUACAAUUCUCAAACCCUUUUUUAAAAAACAAGAAGACCAUUCGUCUAGACAAUUACCUGCCUAUGAACCACCAGUGAUUUUCAAGUCUGAUGAUUACUUCCUUGCAACAGAAGCAGAAGAUGCGCUUAAAAUAAUUGAUAAUGAUACAACCACUAACAAUUAAUACAAAAAAAACAUGUUUUCAUUUUAAAACUAUAUAUUUGGGAUUAAGCUACCUAGUAAUAUAAAAUAUAUAAAUAUUUAUAUAUCAACUCACAAGUUAUUGAUUGUUUUUUGGAAUAAAUACUUUUUAAUUUUAUAAGCAUUGUAUCCACUGCAAAUAUUAGUUGUUAACAAAGCCAGUUGAAUAUUUGAAGAAAUAUUAAUGAUUUCGAUACCUAUUGUUUAUUGUUGACGAGUACUAAAAAGUUACAAGUAAUAAAUUGAUGUGUUUAUAAUAACUACAUAAUAUCCAAAAAUAAUAGUCAAUUUAAAUAAUUUGUAAUACUUGGCUUAUGUUAAAUUUAUUUAGUUUUAGUUAUGUUAUAUGUUAUACAAAUUACAGUAUUUGUUUAGUAUGUGAA